CUCUUCAUACAAAUGGGACUCCCAUCACAGUCUCUUUAUGCCAACACAGAAACAGACGUGUCUCAAUACAGCUGGAAAUUAGAGUAUGAAAAGGUGCACCUGACAGGAUUGCUGGUGCUUCUACAGAGUGGUGACUGAAGCAAAGGCAGUUUAGACUUGCCAGGAAUGUAAACAGUGGGGGGAAAGCAUCAAAACUGAGGGAAAACUUACUUGAUUUAUUUGUUUCAUUGGCAUACACUUCGUGCUUCAGAUCAGGAAACCAUGAGCUGGCUUAGUUUUACUUAUUUGGAAGAAUACCUGAGCUCUAUGAUCCACCCUCUGUGGUUAUUCCUGCUUCCAAUUUUGCUUUAUUCAUUAUGGUUUUAUUUUUAUUUUGUUGGCUGUACUAUCUCAUUUUUGUUCUAUGCUUACAAGAAGAUGAAUAACCACCAAGAAAAUAAUUUCUAUAGCAAAUUUUGGGACAAGCCAAGGCAUGUUUUCUCUCAAUUUGUAGAGCUAGUUGGAAAUAUAUGGCAUGGUUAUGAAAUUGUUGGCAUGGAACAUCUCCCUAAAGGACCAGGGAUUAUUAUUUUUCAUCACUCAAUUAUUCUUGUUGGCUAUACCUUAUUUGUGACAAAAGUUUAUAGAGAGACAGGGAGGCUGUGCCAUUCAGUAAUUGAUCAUGCCCUGUAUGGGAUUCCAGGGCUGAAGAUGUUUUAUGAUGUGAUCUAUUUGAGAGAUUUCAAGAAAGCCGAAUGUGUGGAAAUUCUGAAGAAAGGCAAUUUAUUGGGCAUUGCACCUGGUGGAGCUAGAGAAGCAAACUUUAGUAAUGACUACAGCUUAAUGUGGGGUAACCGCACAGGUUUCGCUCAGAUAGCUUUGGAGGCGAAAGUGCCCAUCAUCCCAAUAUAUACACAAAACAGUUGUGAAACAUACAGGACCAUUGGAAAGACAAGGCUGACAAAAUGGCUGUAUGAGAAAACUCGACGUGUACUCCUUCCCAUAUAUGGAGGGUUUCCAGUGAAAUUGAGGACAUAUAUUGGAGAACCCAUCCCAUAUGAUCCAAAUACAACUCCCACAGAGCUGGUUGAAAAAACCAAGGCUGCAUUUGAAAAUCUUCGGGAUAGACACCAAAAACAGCCAGGAAAUAUAUUUAGAGCUAUCUUAGAGCGAUUUGAUAAGCAAUACAAAGAUAACUAGUCUAUGUAAAACAGUUUCAGUGUUUAUGAUUAUGCAUCUGUAAUAGAAAACUAAUAAUUAUGCAAUUAAAGCUAAGGUAAUGCACAUAGAA